UGUGCCCGCGAGCUCUACCGCGCGCGCUAAACAGCGCCUCUCACGCGACAAAUGACAUUCAGUUUCCACACACUCUCUCUUCUACCGCGUGGUAUAUACCACGUUAAAGUGAAAACUUAUCAAUGCCUUCUGGGAGUGUACCAGUGAUUCGGUCCGUUAUAUUUUUGGGAAAGUGUUUGCUUUCUCCCCCUCAUAUAGCCUUAUCUUGCUUCGAUAGAUCUGUUACUUGUCUUCCAUAGUGAUGGAGAAUAUUAUUUGCGCUCACGCUCGUCAGCUCUAUCAGAUCAUGGGACCUAGAGGUGGGGUACGACACCAGUUGCUCUCUUUAAAAUAGGAGCUGAGCACCGCAGCCUCGUGCUGGAGAAUGACCCCCUCAUCCCACCGCCUGUCGGACCGCGCGCCAGGUGGCAACAUCACAGCCGACUGUGAUACUUCAUUGACACUGCUGCACUAAAGCUGGACCCUAACUUUGCAGAUCUGAUGGAUUUAAAGAGGGUGCUGUCCUUCCCUCCAUAUCCAGGGGACUAUUUGCACCCAGUGGUGUACGCAUGCACUGCAGUGAUGUUACUCUGCCUGCUGAUUUCUAUCAUGACAUACACUGUACACCACAGCAUAAUCCGAAUCAGCAGGAAAGGUUGGCACAUACUCCUCAACUUCCUCUUCCACACUGCCGUGACGUUUGGGGUGUUUGCAGGAGGCAUCAACCAGAUCAAGUACCCUGUGAUAUGUCAAGUGGUUGGCAUUAUCUUGCACUACUCAUCCCUCUCUAGCAUGCUAUGGCUGCUCUUCACUGCCAGGAAUGUCUGCAAGGAGGUGUCCAAGGCUCCGCCCAUACCUCAGGACAGGGACCCUCCCAAACAGCCAUGCCCUAAAGCCACCAUUUUCAGGUUUUAUCUAAUAAGUAGUGGAGUUCCCCUAAUCAUAGUCGGAGUUACGGCUGCUGUAAGCUUGGAUAACUAUGGUAGCAGAGAUGACGCCCCUUAUUGCUGGAUGGCCUGGGAACCCAGUCUAGGAGGCUUCUACGGUCCCACUGCCUUUUUUGUCUUAGUAAUGUGCGUCUACUUUCUAUGCACAUAUGUGCAGCUAAAGCGGCACCCGGAGCGUAAGUACGAGCUGAAGCCCAUGACCAAAGAACAGCAGUGUCUAGCUGUGGCUGAAAUUGGCCACUGCCAUGCUGUCAGUGGAGAGCCAGGUGAGCAUGGUGACCAUACAUGCUGCACAGCCAUCACAGCCUCCAUGUUGGCCAACGAGCACUCUUUUAAAGCUCAACUAAGGGCAACUGCCUUUACACUCUUCCUCUUCCUGUCCACCUGGGUGUUUGGAGCACUGGCUGUAUCACAGGGCCAUUUUCUGGACAUGAUCUUCAGCUGUCUAUAUGGAGCAUUUUCAGUCACAUUGGGGCUUUUUCUGCUUAUUCAGCACUGUGCAAAACGUGAUGAUGUCUGGCACCGGUGGUGGGCCUGUUGCCCCAACAAACCAAAGGUGGAGGUCAAUGGGAAGGCAGCAGGGAAUCUUGGCCCACCUGCCCAAAUUCACAGCCAUACCCCAUCUCAUGGGCAGAAACAAAUCCACUGCCAGUUAGAAACUUUCUGCCAGGGUAAACCUCUGCUUUCCCCACACCUGCAAUCUCCGCACUGUAAGUUGGGUACUUUACCAUCCACCCAGAACCACACAAGCACCUGCUGUGCCACCCUGCACAGUCCCUCGCCCUUGCUUGGGAGCUGCCCACAGUCUCUCCCAGAUGAACUGCCACGCCCAACCCUGCCCCUGCAAAGCUGCCUAAAGGACAGGUCUAAGACACGCUCCUUCAACCGACCUCGGACCUGCCUCAGGGAUUAUUCAUACCACAUGACCUCCACCAGCAUGGAUGGCAGCGUGCACAGCUCCCACCUGGACAGCCCUCACAGCGUGCAUCUGGACAACCCGCUCACCUGCCACACCUCACACUUGGAUACUCAGCUGUCUUGUCACAGCCCCCAUCCCGACAACCAGCUGCACAGCCCCAGUCCCAGUCCUAUCCUCGAGAGCCUGGCCUCUCACAGCCUGCACGAUAUCAUCUCCUGCCAUAGCGCACAUUUGGACAGUCAACUCUCCAGCCACGAUGGACACAUCUGCCACAGACACAUGUGCUGUGCCAAAGCAGACCCAUUCUCGAGCAUAUGCUGUCCUAAAAUUGACCCCUUUGCCAAUUCUUACCAGGCAGAGGAUCCUAAAACGGGACCACUGAUGUUUAGUUGUCCUAAAAUGGCUGACAAAGAGGAGGAUGUUAUGCUGCAUUUGGAUAUGAUGCCUCCACGGGUGACUCUGUCAUGCUCUCAGGCCACUCUCAGCAGGAAAGGCACCCACAGCCGGAGAGGGACACUAAGUCGGAACAAUAGUCAGCAUGAGGACUACCUACUUACUUCUGAUUCCACAGGUAACAUUAGGACUGGACCUUGGAAAAAUGAGACCACUGUGUAGGCCUUUGACUGACAGCAAGCAAACCUGUUUUUCGCCUGAGCUAAACUACUGUGUAGUCCCAGGGCUGUUACCCAAAGGCCCUCUCUCCUCUGAGCUAAGCUACUGUGUAGUCCCUCAGCUGUGACUUCGCUCUCUCAUCCGUCGCUAUAAAUUCUCUUCCCCUUUAAAGAAGAGUUAAAACCUCUGCUUACCUCUUUCAGAUUUCAUUUCACAGUUAACUCUGCUCCAUUUGGUUUCUCCUAAGUUUUAUCCUCUUGUUGUUCUGAAAUGGCAGUGAAGAACACAUAACAUGCAUUUAAUUUGGAUGAUUUUUUAUAAUCAAACUGAUUUUUGUACAUGUUUUUUAGUACGGUUACAUAAUGUGUAAUUAUGUAAUUGUGGAUGUAUGUAUGUUAAGAGUGGGUGAGGAAAAAAGAGUGCAUGUGUUUAUGUGUCUAUUUGCAUGUGACAACAUGCUCAUGUGUAUAUACCCAAUAACAAGAUUUCCAUUAGUGCAAGAUGAGUCCUCUCUUUUGGAGCCAAAUUUCGCCCACAUUUCCAGUUUGCAUUUUAGUAAAAAUUCUAAAUUCGUCAUCAAGUGAAAAAACACCAGCACUUUUCACUAGAGGUAGACCGAUAUAUCGGUUUUACCAAUUAAUCGGUGCCGAUAGUUGCUUUUUGGAACUAUUGGUUAUCAGCAAAAGUAUAUACCGAUAAUUGCCAAUGGUUUUUUCAUCAUUUCAUCAUUUCAAAAUAUGGGUCUGUUCCAAAACUUAGCGAGCUGCCUUGCUGUCUCCUGCCUACGUAGGCAGCUGUCUUCUAUGGCAGUGGUUCUCAACCUUUUUGACUCCAAGGCCCCCUAUUGUCCAAGACAAUAUUUGAAGGCCCUCUUGCCCAAAACUAGACAUGUCUAAUAAAAUAAUAAUUUCUUUUUCUGCCAAGCUCAUCACGGUGCAUUCUGGGAUCGCCUACCAGGUGAAGGAUAUAUACGAUGCUACCUUAAAAUUUGUCCAAAACGAGGUAUCUUAUGAGGCAGUAUAAUUAAGAUACCUAGGUUCUGGAACAGCUUUCACAUUGGGAGUGCUCCUAUGAUGUCUGAAAAUGCUGUCUCCGGAGGAAGCUCACAAGGUUUUGGAACAGACCUUAAGAGUCCCCGGUGUGUUUUGGGCUUGUUUAUACUUUAAAGUCCCACAUUAUGUACCAAAUCUUAAUUUUUUCUGGUUAUAAUUGGGAUUUUGGUUGAACAAAAACUGCAUGUGGGGUUUUAUUCAUUUUGAACUCGUAAAAAAAAAGAUUUUUUUUUACAUUCUAUAAAUCGAUUUUAGCUGAUUAGUCUGUUAUCGGUCUUUCCCACCAUCUUAGUUAUCGGUAUCUGCAAAAUCCACUAUCGGUUGACCUUUACUUUUCGCUAGCAGAUUUUCACAGUUAAACAAAACUUAAGAAAUUGAGAUAAGUCAAUGAACAUGGCUAUUUUUAAAUUCAGGUCUUAAUGUGAUUUAUGUGUGCCAAAUGAUACAGUAAUUAAAAUACAACCUUUACUCUACCCCAAAAGUACCAAGUAGUCUAUGAUAUGUGGAUAGUGUGGCUUCCACAACUAAGCUAUCAUUUUUCAUCUAGAGACAUAAAACAGCAAACAAAUAGUCUCCUUGUGUUUCCAUGGUGACAAAUCAUGAAGAGAGGUGCCCAGCCAGAAUGCAUUUUGAACUGCACAUGUGAUGUAUGCACAUACAGUAUUUAGUUACUGACAGUAACUAAAAGGUGCAGAUCAGUUCAAGUCAAUGGCCAUAUAGAAACCAUCAGUUAUGCAUUGAUCAACAGUCUAACAUUGCACUAAAGAAUUCAAACAUGUUUGCCACAGAGAAAACAUUUUGCUACACACCUAAUGAGAUACAUAUAGUAAUGUGAUUGGCAGCUUCAUGGAAACACUGGAGCUUCUAGUAACCCCAUAUGUCAUUACUCCUUUUUAUUCUGAGCCAAUUAAGGAGGGCACCACUUUCCACAUUUGAAGGAAGGAGACAGGUUCUCAUUAACAGAUUAUAUCUAGUCACUGUGCCAACUCACUUUGCAUACAAGAAUCUGCUGAUUUACUGAACAUACUGAAGCUUUCAAGAACUAAUAUAUUGCCUGAACUGGAAGCAUAGCUGUGAAACAAGCAGUGGGUAAAUGAUGACAAACACAUGGUCACAGAGAUAUAAAUUUGUCUCUGCUCAUUAAUGUUGUAAGAUUGAAAUGUCUAGAUAAUGUGAUCAUAUUUGUCACAUUUUGUUUUUAAUAUAUUGUGCAAAUUAAUGAAUUAAAAUGCCAACAGAAGAAAGUCAGUGUAGGAGUGAUGUUAAUUAUUUGGAAGAUUCCUUGUUUAUCAUGUGUUUCUUUGUGAGCUCAGGGAUCAUGUUGCAUCUUUCACUCGUAAAACCACACAAGAAAUACAUUUGCAUGGAAUUGAUAUUGGCUAUUUACCCCAGAUUGUUUCACCAAAUUAGAGUAAGGCCUUCUUUUAACUCAAAUGCCCCUCAACAGAACCAUGUGUUCUGCAGAUGUGUAGUACGUGGAUACUAAUAAAUUUGUCUACCUGCCUGAUUUACCAAGUCUUGUGCUUUAUCUUCACACACCUGACCAACCUGUCAUUUAUAUCUGAGAGAGCUGCACUGAUUUUUGGUCAAUACAUGUGAUUUCUACUCUAACCUGACCCAAAGCAAGUUGUUUCUUUUUUACAUUUGUCACAAUUUCCAAUAAAUGUAUUUUAUCACCA